AUGGCGAUAGCAAAUGCGAUGGCAAAUUAUGCCUCUUUUUUCUCCGCCUGCUGUUGUGUUUUGGGCCCACGGUCACGUGGUCAAAGAACGACCGUUGAUUCGCCGAACGACGAAACUCUAGUAACUGUCGAGGAAAAAAAUUGCGACGAUGACAAGGUUUCGAAAUCAAACGCGGAAAACGAUUCAAAUUUGGAAGUUUUCGAACUGGAAAGAGUAGAAGGAAAGCCCAUAAGAAAAGUCGGUGUAUCUGGGGAGGGUUUUGCCGAGAUGAACUCGACCGAAAGAAGUAGUAGUCGAAACUACCCCCCUCCAUCGUACAACAACGCAACAGCGAGACGCUUCACAGAACCGUAUAGAUCAAAGACUUCAAAUAGUGCUCAUACUAAUACAUAUCGUUCACUCUCCGAUGUCUCUCAAGGACGAUACUUCAGACCUUCGCGUGAUGUCGCCAGAGAAGCGAUGGAAGACAGGCGUCGAAAUGUCUCACCCGAUCUCUCUUUGAGCUCGAACUUCGAGGCUAUGAACAUUAACGGCAGCAUCAGUCCGGCCUCGUCCACUUACACGUUAUCAAGUCAAAUUGCAAGCAGCGAUUUUGACUUUACGGUAGCAAAGCUACGCUUCGUCUUAGACUACACGUUUCACAGGUCUAAACUUACAACGACGAUCAGCAAAGUCGAACUGACAAACGAGGGAAUUGUUCGAGAUAAAGAAAGUAUGGAAAUUGAUCUAGUUCUGCUGCCGGAUAAGAGACAAACGUAUCGAAUCAAGACAAAAAACUUCACCGAGCCUUAUGCUUUUUAUAUCUACCCGAGAGAACGAUUACCUCAGAUGAGGCUCAGAUUUCGACUGUAUGAAGGCGGACGAAUGUUGAAACGGGUGCUGUUAGCCGAAGGAGUGUUUGCUCUGAAGAACGUGAGACUUGGUUUUGAGUUGAUAACAUUGGACAUCGAACUGUUCCCGCCGACAAGAGGUUUGGCUUAUGGAAACCGAUUAGAAGAGCGAAGCUUGAGCCCGGUAUCAAUGUCAACCGAUAUAAGCUCGCGUCUUUCGACGACCGAAGACGCCGAACUGUUAGUGUCCCUACAGCAUCGCUCCACCGUUCAACGGCUAAAUAUUGAAAUACUCAAAACGCGUUGCUGCGGGCCCUUAGUUCACAACAAAGCAACACCGAUGUAUGUUGAAAUCAAACUAAUCUCUUCGAGCGGAGAUUUGCUUUUCGACACGAAGACUUCGAUUCAGAAAGACUCCCCGAAUCCGGAAUUCAACGAGAAAUUUUCAUUUUUCCUGCCCGAUAAUAAUUUACUAAGUGUAACACUUUUGGUGACGCUUCUUCGCGUGAGCCGACCGUUCGGUCGAAAGUCGUUGGUCGGGAGGUUCUCUAUCGGACGAAAUAACAGCGACAAGAGCGAGGAGAUGCAUUGGAACGAAAUCGUAAGAGCUGGACAAGGAUCUUCACCGAUUUUAAAGUGGCACAAGUUGUUUCAGCUUUAAGGUUGAGUAUACAGACCUUAUACAGUCUACGUCUAUAUUCCUAAUGGAAACAGCUGUCGCUAGUGGAAGCCAUGGGUAUGUCUAUACAUUUAUACAUUAACGCUGACAGCUGAACAAAUGACUGUGUAUCGUAUAGUAUGAAAUUUGCAUAUAUGUAUAGAAUAAUAGUUUAAAACACCUUUAAAUUUUGGCACAAGGCCACUGUAGAUGAUGAACAAAGACUGCAACGUCUUCGUAGGAAUCGAGUCAUACAGAACUGAAUUAAUAUUUUGCCAAUUGUUUCACAUGAGACUGCAUGAUAUCGCGUUGAACAAACAAUAUAUUGUAGUUUUAACCUACAUAAUAUAUUUACAGGUGAGGGAUAUAGAAGCAUACAUAUAUAUACUACUUUGCACAAAUGGGGUUGAGGAAAAAAUUUUUGUGUUGGGAUUCUUUAAUUUUUUUCGAGGGAGAAAACUUUUUCACAACGACGAGGAGGAAGGUAUAAGGCCGGAAUUAUCAAAAUUUAUCUAUUCCGUGUGAAUUAUUUUAACUUCAGAUUUUCGUUCGCAGUCGCCUAUUUCCAUGUUAUAAAGGCAGCUAUCGCAACUGCCUAGUUGAGAGCAAUUAUUACAGCAAAUUUACAGUUAUUUUGCCAAAGGCAAAGGCAAUUUGCAAAUCAUUGCCAACGUUCAAUGACGCGGUAGGCGUGAAGAGUCGAAGACUAUGCACGGGCGCUUUCCUUCAGUAUACGGUAACAACGGCCAGACUGAUCCUGUUGUAUUUCAAUAUUCAAUACAGAAAGAUUACUGAUAUUUUAGAAUGUUUCAAGACAUCUGCAUUCCGAUAUAUUGUUAUUUAUAUCGUUAUUUACAUCUGCCUAGCACGGAAAAUGCAGUUUCACCGCUAUAUUUUUAAAGAAAUACUCUAUUUCAGCCUGAAAUGUGACCAGUCUGACCAUUUUGGCCGCUUUUGGAAAGCGCCAGUUCUUAUAUCACUUUACAAAUCCGCGUAUUGUAGCACAAAAUGACUACACGAAAUGAGUAAUAACCAAUGCACUGUAUUGUGGGAUUAAUUUCAUGCAUUUUGUAGCUGUGUUAAGGUAUUUUACAUGCAUAUACUGCAUGCAUGCUUGUCUGACAGACGUUCUCUCACGCCAGAUGUUAACGUAAGAGGAUUUUUUGUCGUCAUGCUGACGUUUGCCACAUAUAUAUAUUUUACAAACCAUCCACGUGCAUCUGAAUAAUUAUCUUGAUAAUAGCUGUGUGUAAAAUACCUUUGCUCUGAUAGCUAUACUGCAAGCUGGCGCUCUCUUACUUCUAAGUAUGCCUUGUGCAGUAGUUUUCAUUUAGUUUGCAUGCAUGUUAGCGCAUAUAUACCUAAUGUUAUAUAGCGUUAGGAAUACGGAUGGAAAAUGGGAUUCUUAUUUAUUACUAUUGGUGUAAAGUCAAAAUAAUCAUAUGCGGUUUGUAGAUAUUUUUAA